AUGCAGGGGGAGGUGGAGCAACAGCAGCAGGCGCCGAUGCAGAUGGUGCUGCGGGUGAAGCACCCGUCGUCACUGUCCAGCGGCAGCGAGGAGGCGUCAGAGGGGGAGGGGUCGUCCAGGUCGGCGCUCUCCGUGUUCAAGGCCAAGGAGGAGCAGAUCGAGAGGAAGAAGAUGGAGGUCAGGGACAAGGUGUUCGCGCAGCUUGGCCGCGUCGAGGAGGAGUCCAAGCGCCUAGCAUUCAUACGACAGGAGCUGGAGGGGAUGGCCGAUCCUACCAGGAAGGAGGUGGAAUCAAUACAGCGGCGGAUCGACACCGUCAACCGCCAGCUCAAGCCUCUCAGCAAGAGCUGCGUCAAGAAGGAGAAAGAAUACAAGGAGAUUCUCGAGGCGUACAACGAGAAGAGCAAGGAGAAGGCCAUACUUGUCAACAGGCUAAUAGAGCUGGUGAGCGAAAGCGAGAGGAUGAGGAUGAAGAAGCUUGAAGAGCUCAACAAGACAGUCGAUUCACUCUAUUAG